AUGUCCCGCUUCACCCUCUCCUCCCACACUCAACCCGUCGCCUCCGCAUCAACCUGGGAGGGCAUCCUCACCGGCCUAAACAAGCUGAUCGAGAACCCUCCCGGGUCAGCAUGGUGGUUGGACAUUCGGGAUCCCACCGAGGAGGAUGUAAACGACGUCGCGGAGGAACUGUCAAUUCAUCCACUGACGGUGGAGGAUAUUGUGACCCGCGAACCGAGGGAAAAGGUCGAGGUGUUCCGGAAUUAUUAUCUGAUUUCGUUCCAGACGUUGGUGUCGUUCAGUGAGAGGGAGGAUGACGUGUAUACCGAUGGAUCCAAGACACCGUCGUCAGCUGUGUUUUAUAUCCUGGUGUUUACGAAUGGAACUGUCACUUUCUCGCCGAGUGGGUGUGGACAUGUUCGUCGGGUAAGGGAUCGUGUGCGAAGGAUCUAUGAUCCCUCUAUCCUGUCCAGUGACUGGAUCUGUUACGCUCUCAUCGACGACAUUGUCGACUCCUUCGCUCCCUACAUGCAAUCCGCCUCGCGCGAAUCUGAAGCAAUAGAAGACCAAGUCUUCAUCGCGCGCGUCGACGACGCCAAAUCCCUAAUCCCCCGCGUCGACACCCUCCGCAAGAAGAUCACCCAUCUCAUCCGCUGUCUAAACGGCAAACUCGACGUCCUCAACGGCUUCGUAAAACGCUGCCAGGCAAAAGACAAACACCCGGUAUUCCCAGAUGGCGAUCUCAUCCUGUACCUGGGCGAUGUACAAGACCAUCUUAUCACAACGAUGUCGAAUCUGUCACAUUUUGACGAGAUCGUGGGCCGCUCACAAGCAAACUGCCUCGCACAGCUAAGCGCGACGAAUCUUCGUCUGAGUCUGAAUAUUAACGAGGUGAUGAGUAAGGUUACGAUCUUGGCGACAAUCUUUGUGCCAUUGCAUCUGGUCACGGGCCUUUUUGGGAUGAACGUUGAGGUUCCCGGGCAGGAGGAUAAGGGGUUGGCGUGGUUUUUUGGGAUCGUGGGUGUUUUUGUGGCGUUUAUGGUGCUGGCUUGUGGGAUGGCGUGGAGGUAUAAGCUGUUGUAG